AGGAGGUCUAGCAGGUAGCCAGCCGCAGCUAGAGUGUUUCCUAAGUAAACCUAUGAAUUUUAAAUACAGACCCGGCAUAGGAGGAAAGCAGGAAGGAAAUCUCUUAUUACUUAGGAGAACAGGAAAAUACCCAUAGACUACUGAGAGGAGGAAGGGAACAUCUCAAACCCUUCUGGAGGCAAACAGUCCUUUAAGCCCGAGGACAUGCUAAAUGAACCUUUUCACCAAGAGGCAGUGAAGCGCUCUGUGAGGCAGAGAGAAAAAGAAGGGAGGGAGAACCAGAGGAAAGGAAAGACACACACACGCUCAUCCACACACAGCUUGCGAAGAGGACACAGCCAGUCAGAGAGCAAGAGCGCUGGGGAAGAGCGACGACAUUGGAUGAGAAAAUUUUGUACCAAAAAAAACACCAACCAGAGGAGGUGCCUCACCUAUUUCCCAAUAUAAUCAAAUCCAGAGUGGAAGGAAGCAUAAACUGCAAGAAACCAGCAGUAAAAGUGCUAUUUAAAGCUCUAGGCGGAGAGGAUGCGUUCACCUGCGUCCCUUGCUCAUUGAGCGACAGUGGAAGGGAGAGGAUUCCCUCUAGAUGACUCCAAACUCCGCAGUUCUCUGCUUCCUCCCAGGCUGAGCAGAACCGCGAGGGACUGUCUGCCUGCCCUGCCUGCCUGCCUUCCUGCCUGUUAAAUGUGAACUCGAGCCGGUCUGUGGCUGCCUAGAGGAUGGGAGCCUGGGACUGAGAGGCACCGAGGCAGGUAGAGCGCGUACUGAGAUUCUGUCACAUCAUCGAUGAGAAAAGUGAGCCUCCAGGGGAUUAAAAGACUUGAACAUCUGAGCCAGGAUUUGAAUACAUACCAUACGACCAUGAGCCAAGAUCACCAUUAAAGAUAACCUGUGAGGACUUUAAAAUUUGGAUCCAUUUAAGAACUCAGAAUCCUGGGAUUUUUUUAUUUUUUUAAUUUUUUAUUUUUUUACUCUUAUCAUACAAGGAAUACUUUGCAGAAACUACUUCUCUUUUGAAGAGUGUUUUCAAGACACAGGCUGUACUUUAAUGAAGAAACGUCAAAGCUGCUAACAGUUAUACAAACUGGGACUCAGGAAGACCCUAGUGACCAAGGAUGGGGUCGUCAUGGAAACUAAUUCUGUUUCUGUCAGUCACUGGGUGUCUUUCAGAGAGUGUGGAUUAUGGGCCAGUGUUUGUGCAGGAACCAGAUGAUAUCAUUUUCCCUACUGAUUCUGAUGAGAAGAAAGUGGCACUGAAUUGUGAAGCUCGAGGCAACCCUGUUCCCAAUUACAGAUGGCUACGAAAUGGAACAGAAUUAGACUUGGAAAGUGAUUAUCGCUACAGUUUGAUUGAAGGAAACCUCAUUAUCAACAACCCAAGUGAAGCAAAGGAUGCUGGUCAUUAUCAGUGUUUAACAGCUAACUCCUUGGGAAGCAUCCUGAGCAGAGAAGCCAUACUUCAAUUUGCCUAUCUGGGAAAUUUUAGUGGCCGGACAAGAAGUGCAGUCUCUGUGAGGGAAGGCCAGGGGGUUGUUCUGAUGUGUUCUCCUCCGCCUCAUUCACCAGAGAUCAUCUAUAGUUGGGUGUUUAAUGAGUUUCCCUCCUUUGUGGCAGAAGACAGCCGACGCUUCAUUUCCCAGGAGACAGGAAAUCUCUAUAUCUCUAAAGUACAAACGUCAGAUGUUGGCAGUUACAUAUGCCUAGUGAAAAAUACCGUGACGAAUGCUCGAGUUCUUAGCCCUCCAACACCACUCACACUACGCAAUGAUGGUGUGAUGGGAGAAUAUGAGCCGAAAAUUGAGGUCCAUUUUCCUUUCAUGGUUACAGCUGCUAAGGGAAUGACAGUCAAGAUGGAAUGUUUUGCGCUUGGCAACCCUGUUCCAACAAUCUCAUGGAUGAAAGUUAAUGGCUAUAUUCCAAGCAAAGCACGUCUGCGGAAAUCUCAAGGAGUAUUGGAAAUACCAAAUGUGCAACUGGACGAUGCAGGGAUAUAUGAAUGUAGAGCUGAAAAUUCACGUGGAAGAAAUUCUUUCCGUGGACAGUUACAGGUCUACAACUACCCACAUUGGGUAGAGAAGCUGAAUGAUACUCAUUUAGACAGUGGUAGCCCUCUCAGAUGGGAAUGUAAAGCUACUGGAAAGCCCAGGCCCACAUACCGUUGGUUGAAGAAUGGAGUCCCUCUCUUGGCACAGAGCAGGGUUGAGAUGGUUAAUGGUGUAUUGAUGAUCCACAAUGUGAAUCAGUCGGAUGCUGGAAUGUAUCAGUGUUUGGCAGAAAACAAAUAUGGAUCCAUUUAUGCCAGUGCUGAACUAAAGGUUUUAGCCUCAGCUCCUGUUUUUGCACUAAAUCAACUGAAGAAAACAAUAAUAAUUACCAAAGGCCAAGAAGUUCUCAUAGAGUGCAAGCCUCAAGGUUCUCCAAAACCAACAAUUUCUUGGAAAAAGGGAGACAAAGCAGUGAGAGAGAGCAAGAGAAUAGCUAUUCUUCCAGAUGGGAGCCUCCGGAUCCUAAAUGCUUCCAAACCAGAUGAAGGAAAAUACAUUUGCCGAGGGGAGAAUGUCUUUGGUUCAGCUGAAAUCCUAGCUUCUGUAUUUGUAAAAGAACCUACAAGGAUAGAACUUACUCCCAAGAAGAUUGAGUUAACAGUGGGAGAAAGCAUUGUCCUCAACUGCAAAGCAAUUCAUGAUGCCAGUUUGGAUGUCUCUUUCUAUUGGACUUUGAAGGGACAGCCUAUUGAUUUUGAGAAGGAACGUGGACAUUUUGAAAGCAUCAGAGCCCAAGCAUCCUCUGCAGAUUUAAUGAUCAGGAACAUCCUUCUGAUGCAUGCUGGGAGAUAUGGCUGCAGGGUACAGACCACAGCCGACAGUGUGUCAGAUGAGGCAGAUCUUCUUGUUAGGGGUCCUCCAGGUCCCCCUGGCAUUGUAAUUGUUGAAGAAAUCACAGACAGCACAGCCACCCUAUCCUGGAGUCCUGCUGCAGACAACCACAGCCCCAUUUCUUCCUACAAUCUGCAAGCUCGAAGUCCUUUCUCUCUUGGCUGGCAGACAGUAAAAACAGUACCAGAAAUCAUAACAGGAGACAUGGAAUCUGCCAUGGCUGUUGACUUGAAUCCCUGGGUAGAAUAUGAAUUCAGAGUGGUGGCAACUAAUCCUAUUGGGACAGGAGAUCCAAGCACACCAUCUCGAAUGAUCCGUACUAAUGAAGCAGUUCCAAAGACAGCUCCUGCCAAUGUAAGUGGCAGAAGUGGAAGAAGGCAUGAAUUAGUGAUAGCCUGGGAGCCAGUAUCAGAAGAGUUUCAGAAUGGGGAAGGAUUUGGCUACAUUGUGGCAUUUAGACCCAAUGGAACCCGGGGUUGGAAAGAAAAAAUGGUCACUUCAUCGGAUGCUUCAAAGUUCAUCUACAGAGAUGAAAGUGUACCUCCACUCACUCCCUUUGAGGUGAAAGUUGGAGUAUAUAAUAACAAAGGGGAUGGACCAUUCAGCAAUAUUGUGGUCAUCUGUUCAGCAGAAGGAGAACCCAGUGCUGCUCCUACAGAUGUCAAGGCUACAAGUUUAUCUGUAUCAGAGAUUCUUGUUGCAUGGAAACAUAUUAAAGAGAGUCUAGGAAGACCACAGGGAUUUGAGGUGGGUUACUGGAAAGAUAUGGAGCAAGAAGAAGCAGCUGAAACAGUCAAAACUGGGGGAAAUGAGUCAUCUAUCAUUCUGACAGGAUUAGAAGGAAAUACAUUGUAUCAUCUGACAGUGAGGGCAUACAAUGGUGCUGGCUAUGGACCACCUAGCAGUGAAGUACGAGCAGCUACCAAAAAAUCCCCUCCUAGCCAAGCACCAAGCAACAUUAUGUGGGAGCAGCAAGGCUCUCAGGUUUCUCUUGGUUGGGAACCUGUCAGACCAUUAGCAAAUGAAUCAGAAGUAGUGGGCUACAAGGUUUUUUAUAGGCAAGAAGGCCACAGCAAUAGUCAGGUCAUUGAAACGGAGAAAACUCAAGCAGUGGUCCUUCUUCCUGAUGUGGGAGUUUAUAUUAUUGAAGUUCGAGCAUUCAGUGAAGGAGGUGAUGGAACAGCUAGCUCCCAAAUAAGAGUACCGUCCUAUUCAGGUGGAAAAAUCACAAGUGCUCAAUCUUCUCUCCACACCUUCUCAACUUCUUCAUCAUCAAUAACAAUCCUCUUGGCAUUGAUAGUCCCUUCAACCUCAUGGUGAAGAUUGAAGACUUAAUGUUUUUGUUUUACUUUAGCUUGAUUACAUCUGUAGAUGGAGUUUUAUGUAAAUGGAGAAGUUGGAACCCUGAGCUAAACUUAAAAAUCCUAGAACUACCCAUGGUGCACUUAGAGGAGUGUUGGGGGGGAAAUGUUACUUAAUCAUCAGGUUUUCUCUUCAGUUUUUUGUAAAUGUCCUCAAAUAGGGGAGGACAGUUCUUGGCCCAAUAAAAAUAUGCAGAUUGUAUGUAAUGAACUUUUGUAAGCAAAGGUAAUUUCUGUCAAAUGUAUUCUUUACUUUUUUAAUAGGUUUGAAUUUGAUUUUGUAACCAAUGACCCUAAGUAUGUGCCAUUUGUUUGUUAAAGCAGUGGUGUCUAGUACAUCUGUUUCAAAAAAAAAAAAAAAAAAAAGCAAAAAAAAAAAAAAAAAAAAAAAAAAAAAAAAAAACAGGAAAAAAGUGAAGGUGAGUAAUAAAGACUCUGAAUCUAGUGUUUCUCAUUUUCCCUAAGGCUGACUUUUGCAAUCAACAAACCAGUGGGAGAGAAGAAAAAUAGUUCAGUUAUGUUGCCCAUUACAGGAUAAGUAUAGGAAAUAUUUUCUGGAAAAGUAUAUGAUUGCAUAUUGAAAUAGUCAAAUUUGUCAAUCUGCUGUUCUGCAAGCAUUCCCUGAGCAAGUUAUUAGAACAGAGUUGGGCCUUGACAUUAGCACAAGGUAAACUAAAGGGAGACUAAGAAGGGAUUGUUUUAAGUGCUAUUGUCUUUCAUCAAGUACUGUAUUAUUUAACUGAAAAUGAAGUCAAAGUUUAUUUUUAAUAGCAAAAAAUAUAGUUUAAUUUCACAGAAAAUGCACAUGCUAACAAGUAUGGACACUGAUAUGUACUAUAGAUUCUAACUUCAAAAAAAUUACAUAAAUACAGCGUAACCUUUUCUUUUACCAUCCAAUUACCUGCUUUUUUUGUUUAUUUAUGUUUUUUCAUGACAAUCCUCCUCUAAACAACUAAAAUUUAUCAUGAAAAUAUAGAUGCAUAUAUGUUUUAUAUGGAAGAAAAUAAUUUGAAUAUACCAACUUUAUGUAGACUAUUUUUGGACAUACCUGUGCUCCACAUAGCACUUGCCAAGGCCUGCCAAUGAUUCAAAGUAGAAAGAUUUCUUGGGUUGCUUAUUAGAGCUCACCCACUUUUUUUUUCCAAACACUGACCAAUGUCAUCAAUAGGAAAUUCAACAGCAUCAGUCAACUAUAUAUUUUUAUUCUUUGAGUAAUGAAGAGGAUAGCAACAGUAGGAUAUCAUAGAAUUUGAGAUUUAGAAGGGACCUCAACAGUCAUCUCAUUCAAACCAUAGAAGAAUACUCAAUGGAAAUAUUUUCUUUGGUUAUGGAGUAUGGUGGAUUGGUCCCACUUUGGAGACUCUCUUGAUUCAAGAUUACUUCCAAAAAGUAGUAAGAAAAGAAAGUGAGUCUCAAUAAACGUGCCAGAGAAGGCCUGGACCAGCUACUGUUUCAUAGCUAAUUGGGAAUUAAGGCCCCAAGAUGAUAUUUUUGCCUACUAUAAACAUAUCCAUUUAUUUUAUAUCUUCAAAUGAACAACAAGGAAGCAGAAAAGGGCUUGAUCUUUACUAAGCAGCACCAGAUAUGAAAUUAAUAAGGAAUCAGAAAAGGGGGAGGGGAGAAAAGCAGGAAAAGGACUUGUGUUCUCAAAACUCCUGUACAUUUUUCUUCCAGAAAACAAAACAAAAAACAGCCUAACUUCUUUGUGUCAGGUUCUCAUUGUUGUAUUUUUGGUUUGGUUUGGUUUGAUUUUUACAGGCUGUUUUCAAGCCAAUCCCAAUCAAGCAAUUUUUAAAAAUAUACAUGUUAAUCACCAGAUUGUUGUGGAUCAAAGACAGAUGGUGGACUUUAUUUUGAGGAUCUUUGUCAUCAGAGCAUAAAAACUCUUCCUUGGAGACUUCCUCCUGGAAAGGUUCAUGCUCUUCUAAGGUGGAAAAGAGAAAAAAAGAGAGAUGCAUGUAAUCACAAUCUGUUUCAAUGCUAUUGCUUGAUGAAACAAAUGAAAGUAUUGUCAUUUCUUGACUGGCUGAGGCACUUUUCCACUAUUUGAGGUAGCUUGCCAGAGCAAAUUAUGUUUAAAAAACACAUACACACACACCAUGCACAUGACAAGAACAUACUGAUUAAAAAAUGGGGCAAUAAUAGCCUUUACCUUAAUGUCAGCUGAAUUGAACUCUUUUUCUUUAUUUCCCAUAGAACACUUUGCCAGUCUUGGCCAAUCAAAAACACCCAUAGUCAAGGUGUUACCAAUGAACAUGCUAAUAAAACAUCAUACUCACAAAAUUCAAGUUGAAUUUCAUAUCCAUUAAUCUAAUAUAGGGGGCAUAUGCGAUAGAUCGUAUUUACACAUGGAAUUAAGUUUCUGAUAAUGUCCUAUUCUUGCAGGGAGCAGUGAUUAGAUGUUUUUAUUCAACAUGAACAGAAUAUGUAUUUUGCAUUUAGAACCUAUGAAUAAAACAUGUUUUAAAUGUUUAUGGACUUAUGUAUUACAUUUGUUACUUUGUAGACAACAGGACAAUGGUCCUUAUCUCCCUACAUUAUUUUCCAGCUUCAAUACUCAGCUUUUUCCUGGGAUGAGAUUGUAACAGUGCAGUCUUAAAUCAUUAAAAAAAGACUGUAUUUUUGUAUAAUGUCACAUGAGCUAUUGAGAAACUACUUAUCAUCAACUGAAACUCUGUGAGAGCAAGUGUUUGCAUACCAAAAUGAAGGUACUAUAAAGCCCCAUUUCAAUCUGUUAAAUAUAUUGUAUACAAUCUGUAUAUAAAUAUAUAUACUAUAUAUAAUGGUAUAUACUAUGUGGAAGGCACAGUCAAAUUAUAGUUCUGUGUACUGUUCU